UCAUAUGAUCACUUUUCACAUGACCGAUGGUCUAUCGUCAUCGCCCAUUUUCUGUCGUUUUAUGACAAUUCUGGGCUAAAUACUUACUUUUAGUCCGCAAACGUCCACUAGCUUUAGUAAUAAGCCUUCAAAAUGGCGUUUAGCUUAGUGUUCACGUUGUUAGCCCUUAGCGCGGUAAGUUACGCGACCAAUGUGCCAGUGUACCUAUGGGGCGAUCUGGCCAAGACUUCGCUAAAAGCCAGCCCCUUAUACACCGUGGAACCCGAAGAAUUUAGUGGUAUUCUGAACGAGGAGCUGUUCAGGGACCCUUUCACCGUCAUAUUCAUCGAAGAAACGUUGUCUGUUGAAGAUUUUUCUCGUAAGAACGCCGAAGGUAAAACAUCGUUCCCGUUUUUGAGGGCCAACGUCCGUAACUCGGCUUAUCUGCCGUCGGUGGAGAACGCGCUGGGCGCGCUGAACAAGCUCGCCGAUCCCGAGAAAGUGAAUCACGUGAAGCUUACCGAGAACGGGCUGUCUGCGGAAAUUGAGCCAGAAAGUGGCAAAUUCUUAUUUAUCAACCUUAAGGACGCUAAAGAGGGGGAGUCACGGUUUGACUUGCUGCGCCGCCACAAUGACUUCAUGGAGGAUAUGUUCAGCAAGCUCCAGGAGCGCUACGAGACAGUUGUGGCGAUUUACACAGCUCACUUCCCGUCUUGGAUGGUGAGCCACUCCCGCGUCCGUCGCCAGGCUCAGAACGAGACCCAGAGCGACAGCUCCACUUUGGCGCUGGACGGGUUGCUUCUGGCCUACAAAACCGUCAGACUGAUAGAUGAUAAUGAUGAGACUGUGUUGACGGGCAUCACUGGGUCUUCUGUCAUUGAUGCUAAUGCUACAGCUCCUACGCAGAACUCCACCCUUACGUCAGGAGGGAACACCAUUGUUCUGUACUUCACGCAGGAGCCGGGAUAUUGGAUUUUGCAAAAGGCCUCCUGGUCGAACAGCACUGAGUCCAAGGAUCUAACACCAGCCCAGGACCUGACGGUGCCGCUGGGCUUCAGCUACCGCUGCGCGCAGAACGUGUCCUUCUCGCAUGUCAACGACUCCAAGCAUUUCACCCUGACCUUCACCGAUCUGAAGAUCCAACCGUUCUUCAUCAACAACUCCACCGGCCUCGAGUUCGGUGACUCGCUCAACUGCGUCGGCUUCUUCACCGCCCCCAUCUGGGCCUCCCUCUUCGUCACCUUCAUACUCCUCUUCAUCAUGUUCUUCGGCAUUAUGAUGAUGAUGGAUAUCCGCACCAUGGACCGCUUCGAUGACCCCAAGGGUAAGACCAUCACCAUUAAUGCUGCCGAGUAAGUUUCUGAGCGGGUUUGAGACAAUUAUACAUAAGCUAGCCCAAUGUCCUUUUUAUAGGAUUUUUUUUUAGCUUUUUGUCCCUUUAGGAUGUCUUUCAUAAACAUUUUUGUAAUUUGUACAGUGUUUAUUAUAUAGUAUUUUAAUAGUUUAAGUAUUAAUUUUUGUUUAUUAAAGUUUGAAUGUAUGUCAGUUUUUUUAAACAGCAUUUUUUAAAUAUUUAAUUUUAUAAUAUAAGUGUUACAUAGUGAUUUUCAACCGGCCUAAUGAAUAAGAUCAAUGUAAUUGUCUUAAACCCCUAGCGUAAGCCUACUAAACUAAGUAUAGAACCUUUAUAGAGCUCAAAAAGUUUCCAACUAUUUAUUAUAACUCGUUAAAAAUACGGCUGGAUUCAUGCGAUUUUAGCCUUUAUGACAAAAGGAAUACGAUCGAAUAUGCAUAUAACUCGCUGAAAUUAGCCUGUGUUCCUAGUAAUAUACGGAUAUAUAUGAAAAUUGGUGCCUCUAUUCACAAUACUAGUGUUUAACAUAUUUCUAAUGCUUUGAAAUUCGAUUGAAUAUAUUCAGUAUUGCUUAAAUUAUUUAAAAUAUAUAAAAUGCUUAUGUUCGGUAUAGCUUGUUAUAUCUUGUUGAAAUCCGUUUAUGUAAAUACAAGAAUGUACAGAUGCGUCACUCAGGUCAUAAGAUCUCUCAAGGUCAACCAGUAUAAGAAGUUAGGGUUGCCUACUACCAUAAAAUAUUUUCAUCUUUAAUUAAUAUUAUUUAUGAAAAUCGAAAACCUGUGGGUAGUAAGUAACUGUUUUUUUUCUUCUUUUUACUUCACAUGUAUUCAGUAUAAAAAUAAUUGUAUUUGCCUUCUGUCAGCGUAUUAAGAGUGUAUUAAGCUGAAAGUAUACUGAUUCAUGUUCCAUUUUAAAGAUUUUGUAAACCAUUAACUUUAUAGAAUUAAAACCGAUCAUGUGCCUACGAUCUACAUAAUUAAAAUAGUUUAUAAAACGCAUGUUUAAAAGCAAAAAACCCUAUUUGAUUUUCGACUCUAUUGAAUCACAUUAAGGUUCAUUCCAUUUAUUUGGGAUUUUUUUGCUUUUAAACAUGGAGAGUAGAUUGUUAUGGCUUCUUAGAUAUAUUAGAAGGUGCGAAUAGAACACUACAUACAAAGUUAAAGGACUGUUUUUAAUGUUAAGCUGAACGCCGAAUAAAGUCAGUAGGUGUGAUAAUAUGAAUUGAAACAAAACAAUAUUCAUUUCAAGUUAGAUGUCGAUGGAUUAAACCACAAGGAAUUUUUUUGAUGUGUCCUCUAACGGACGAAUUGUUUACGUACAGCCGCCAGCAGAUAUAUUGGAGCGGCCAAGCUGCUCAAAAGCAUCUAAACAUGUCUUUAACUUCUUUUAAAUAGAGGCUGUAUUCAGAUAUUUGUGAACACCUUAUCCGCUCCGAUAUAUUUGAUGGGGACUUUACCAACGUAAGUUAGUGAACACAUUUUAUUCUUGUGCUUAUAAAACAGAAUUGAACAAUCUGUGUAGACGAAAGGCCUUAGUAUAUCAAGUCUGAUUCCAACAACGAUAACAAUAAUUCUGAGCUUCUGAAUGUAGCGUAAAAACGAGUAAAAAUGUGUCAUUAUCAGGCGAAAGGCUUGUCUACAACCUUUUGAGUGAAAACGACACAAAUGGUCUGAAAAUUGUGUGCCCUCCAGUUUAGUGCCAACGUCAUUCCAUAAUUAAAAAUGUGAAAUUAUUAAUCGUGUUGUUAAGCUGUUCGCGACCCAACUGUUACAAGAGCACGGGAUGUUUGAGACUCAGACUCUAUACGACUUAACGAUGACGUACAGCAUUUUUUUAGCGAAUAAAUCGCGCGAUUGAAUCGUGCGUUUAUAUACUAUAAAAAAAAUCGCUGUAUUAUCUAUGGUCUUAACAUUUGGGAAGCGAGUAGCAAGCUUUAGGAAAUUAUAAGACCUAUAAAAUGAAGUGUUGUGACACUUGAAAUAAGAUGUUUUAAAGGUCUGUAGAUGUAAGUGUAACUGCAAUCAUGUUUCGAUUCAUUUCUGUAAAUAAUUUCAGCUUUUUCUGUAUAAUUGUUUUGUUUUUUUGAGAAGUAUUAAAUCGUGAGACCAA